AUGGCUCAGACUGAUGAGUCUGACGUCCGUGAUUUCAAAAGCCCAUCCAGCACCAGUGCUAGUGACGGACUGGAGGGGUUCAAGGCUCAUGCUGUGUUCCAGGAAAUCAACAAGAAGCUCCAGGAGGAAGGGGAGCAGUUUGUGAAAAAGAUUGGAGGAGUGUUUGCCUUCAAAGUAAAAGACGGUCCAAACGGACAGGAGGCCACCUGGUUUGUGGACGUGAAGAACGGCAAAGGCUGCGUUCACAAUGACACAGAUAAGAAAGCAGAUUGCACCAUUUCCAUGUCAGACACAGACUUGUUGGCCUUGAUGACGGGGAAGAUGAACCCACAGACUGCCUUUUUCCAGGGCAAGCUGAAGAUCACGGGGAACAUGGGACUGGCCAUGAAGCUCCAGAGCCUGCAGCUGCAGCCGGGCAAAGCCAAGCUGUAGACGGGAGCUCGCCGUAACUGCACCUCUGAACACUGAAUAGAGUCACCCACCAAGAAUUUAACAGCAGGUCUGGUUUCAGAUUUGAAAGGUUUUCAUCGCAGGGCUGAACCACUGUAGCGACCUCACUGAGCGAGCGGGGGAUUAGUCAGCGGCCCUGCCAAUCUAACAGGAGAAUAAGAUAGAUGGACAGAUAAUUAGUUAACAAAGCCCCUCUCAUGAUAAUACUGUCAGUACACUAAAGUAGAGACAGGUGCUCCCGACUCAUACUCUAACCAUGUCCACUUUUCAGUCAUUUCUGUUGAUAAAGAAACCCUUUCUUUGAGUGUAUUGUGUUUGGAAGUAUAUUAAGUAGAUCAUAAUUUUCCGAAAUCAUGGACAGUCUAAGUGCCUCCUCGUCUCAGACUUACAGCUCGCUCUAAAGGUUUUUAGGCAGCAACAUAGAAAUGUUUUUUCACUGUGGCUGCUUUCAACAAGAGGGUUGUAAUUUUCUGCUGUACUCAUCAUUGUAUGAUUCCCUAAAAGAUUUCUACUAAAUAAAUCUGCCUUUGCUGCAGCAUCCUU